AAAUAUAAUUUCUACCAAAAACAGUGAUCAGGUUAGUAACGCUGGAGUGCUAUUAUUCUGAACACGUCUGUACAUGGGCAACGUCAUGAUAGUAGAGGAAGUAGUGGCCGGGGCAUACCAUUAUUUUCAAUAGUAAGGACGUGAACAUUUGUAAAAUAUAAAAAUUCAGUUAGUUCCUCUUGAUAUACUCCUCUCUAUCAGCUAUCACAUAUAGGGAAAUCUCCCACUACCUUAUUUUGUUAGACAUGUUGUUAAAGAAUAUAUAUUUGUAAACAUGCUUGUAAAAAUACCUCAACUAUAAAGCCAUACUUCCAAUGCCGGAGUAUACCUGACCUUCUGUCUUAUCUUUAAUGUGCUGUAUUGUGUACUUUGACUUCAGAUAAAUGUCAAUUUUCUUUUCCUUUCAUCAGUACAUUUAAGAGACUUCAUUAGACUUGCCAAACACAACUCACCAUCACAGUAAGAGCAAGUAGAGGCUUAGCCAUCUCUCUUAUACGACUUGGUGCAGUGAAACCAGCAGCUACUGUACAAUGUGCUGCAGCGCAAAAUGUUGGUUAAUUGUUGGCUCUGUCAUUGGAGGACUGUUGGCUAUUCUAGGUGGUAUCCUGUUUCCUGUGGGGGAUAUUAUUAUCAAUAAGGAAAUUGAUACGGAAGCAGUAAUUGAAGAAGGAACUAUUGCCUAUGAAAAUUGGGUAGAGACAGGAAGUCCCGUCUACAGGCAUUUCUGGAUAUAUCAUGUCACAAAUCCUGAUGAGGUAAUGAAUGGCGGAAAACCAGCGCUUGAGCAAAAAGGCCCAUAUAUCUAUCUUGUCCGUUACCUGCCUAAAGAAAACAUUACACAACAUCAGAACAAUACAGUCUCGUAUUGGCAGCCAAAUGGAGCCAUCUUUCAAAGAGAGGGCUCGUGUGGUUCAGAAGAGGAUAAAUACACUGUUCUGAAUCUCGCUGUUGCUGCAGCACCUGCUAUGUUCCCAGCUCUUCAAGGAUUUUUGAAUAGCUUUAUUAAAAGUUCGAAUUCAUCCUUGUUCCAAGUCAGAAGUGUAAAAGAGCUGUUAUGGGGCUAUAAAGAUCCUUUUUUAGAAAAAAUUCCAAUUGCUUCCCUAGAUAAAACUACUGGACUAUUCUAUCCGAAUAAUGGAACGGCUGAUGGUAUUUAUAAUGUUUAUAAUGGCAAAGGUGGCAUAAGUAAAGUUGCAAUAAUUGACAGAUAUAGGGGAGAAAGUGCACUUCCAUACUGGAAUGAUAGUUACUGUGACAUGAUUAAUGGUACAGAUGCAGCUUCAUUCCCUCCUUCUGUUAAAAAAGAUAAAAAACUCUACUUCUUUUCUUCUGAAAUAUGUAGAUCUAUUUAUGGAGUAUUUGAGAAAGAGUAUACACUGAAAGGAAUAAAGCUGUAUAGGUUUGUGGUACCAGAUGAAGCACUUGCGUCACCUACAAAGAAUCCAGAUAACCACUGUUACUGCAAAGAUUUUGACCUUUCAAGAAAUUGUACUGCUGCUGGUGUUUUGGAUCUCAGAACCUGCCAAGGGGGAAAACCAAUUUUCCUUUCUCUUCCGCAUUUUCUGUAUGCAAGUGACUUCUUGCUUGAUUCUGUGAGUGGCCUAAAGCCCAGUAAAGAAGAACAUGAGACCUACGUAGACGUUGAACCAAUAACCGGAUUUACAAUGCAUUUUGCCAAAAGGCUGCAGGUCAAUGUAAUGUUUAAACCUACAGACAAAAUAGAUGUAAUGUCUAAGCUCGAGUCAGAGUUUGUGUUCCCUGUUGCAUGGCUAAAUGAGACUGCACUUAUUGGGGAUGAUUCUGCAAAUAUGUUUAAAUCCAGCGUAACUACCCCCAUGAAGGUGCUAGAGGUAUUGCGCAUUGUACUGAUUUGCAUUGGGGCAGUGGUUUUUCUUUCCUGCUCUAUUACCCUGUGUGUGAGAGACUCUUUAAACAAAGGUAAACAUGCAUAACGAGCCAGAAAGACAGCCCA